AUGUCUGCCCCACAGGAUCUUUUGAACUUCAUCCCGGCGGAUGUCUUCUACAACCAGAACGUCCCCCAGUUCGAGAAGUCCACCAAGCUCUUGGGCGUUCAGUCAUCCACUUCGGAGGAUAAGGAUCAUAACCCCCUUCGCUAUGCCGCUCAAGUGUCCCUUGCAGCCGAAGACGGCACCAAGCCCACCCAGGCUCUAAUUCAAUUCGUCACGCCUCAGAUUUGGAGAAUCAGAUACAACCCAAAGUUCAGGAACGUCGAAGAGUAUCCAAACGACAACUCGCGCACGAUUGUGAUGAACAAGUUUGCGGAUCUUGUAGAUCAGCUCAAGCAAGAGUACCGCGAUUCCUUGGCGUGGAACGCAGUCAAGGCUGGAGAGGAAUGGAACUGGAACACGACUUUCAAAAAGAUCUCCGAUGUCCAUUGGGUUCUCACGUCCAAGGAGUACAAGGACAAGUCGGAUAUCGCGGGAACCGAGGUCACCAGCCUUCACUUCUUGGCGGAUCCGUUUCGUAUCAUUGCCACUAGGAAACUGAAUCCAUCUGAUGUCGCCACCUUGACUGAUGUCGGCAUCACGGCCACCGCUACCGAGCACGUCAUUUGGCGGACAACGGCUCAGACCUUCUUGCACCAAGAUGACAAGAACAUUGAUGUGAUCAACAAUGUGGUCCUCAACAUUGACAAGCCGGGCCCAGCUCAGUACCUCGGCUUCGGUGAGCAGGGAGGACGAACCGUUCUGAAGGAACCUACCUUUAUGAACUACUUCUGCCUGAUGGUCGACAACUACUCGCAGGUUGCCAUUGAUCUUGGCAAGAAAAAUGCCAGCACUAUUGGGGUGGCGACUCGCUUUGGCACCUUCGACGCCUACGUAAUGACGGCGGACGAUGUGCCAAAGAUGAUCUGGCAAUACACAUCACUCGUGGGACGCCCCAAGCUCAAGCCGCGUUUCAUUCUUGGUCAUCAUCAAGGAUGCUACGGCUACCAGAGUGACUCAGAUGUCAUGAACGUUGCGAACAGGUUCCCGGAGAUCAAAACCUUCUUCAGUAACCUCAGGAAGCUUGGAGUGAAAAGCUGCACCAACAUCACCCCUAUCUUGACUUUCCGCGAAUCGGAUGGGGAUGAGUACUUUGCCCUGCGAGCCUUCUGGGACCAGAAUGAUAAGCUUAAUCCUGCCACCAAUCUUCUUGUCGGCGAUACGAGGUACAUGGGUGGCCUUCCUUCGCAGUUCCCCGUAAAUGGAUGCACCAGAUAUGAUGGGAACGGCUACGCGAAGCCCAGUUACAAGAACCCUGACGACUUGGGGCAACGUCCGAUUUUCCGUGACUCCAAAGACGACCCUCAGUAUCGGGAUAACUACGUUUUCAUCGAACCGGACCAAAACAAGCCUCAAGGAAAUUACAACAGUGGAUACCCCUUCCAUGGCGCCGUCAGCUACGGCGAACUCCCUGCUGACCACACCCAACUCGGAACAGUGGGAUUCUACCCUGAUCUCAACCGCACCGUUGCGCGUGAGACCUGGGGCAAGCAAUAUCAACAGCUCUUCGACGAUGGCCUUGAGUUUGUUUGGCAGGACAUGACAACACCUGCCGUGGCAAAUGUUUACGGUGACAUGCUUGGCUUCCCCUCCAGACUGUACAUGUCCAAUGACACCGUCGGCCAGCUGUCAAACAAGAAGCCUGAACAGAAGACGGCCAUCGAGCUCUGGGCUCUCUACUCGUACAAUCUGCACAAGGCAACCUACCAUGGCCUGAACAAGCUCAAGGGCCGUGAGAAAAAGCGCAACUUCAUCAUUGGCCGCGGCAGCCAGACUGGCAUGCACCGUUUUGCUGGCCUGUGGACCGGCGACAACGGCAGUUCCUGGGACUUCUGGAGGAUCUCAGUAUCGCAGGUUCUCGCUCUGGGAUACAGUGGUCUCACCAUUGCUGGGGUUGACAUGGGAGGUUUCACCUUCGACCCCAACUCCUCGCUCAGUGCGCCGCGCUGGUGUGACCCCGAGCUGUUGAUUCGUUGGUACACUGGUGCUUUCCUGCUGCCCUGGUACCGCAACCACUACAUCCAGCAUUUCGAUUCGAAGGCGUUCCAGGAACCAUUCAAGUACGGCGAUGCCUUGGGAGACCCAAAAUACAGCCACUAUAUUCCAGGCAACCUUUACAACCAGUACGCAUCGGUCAUGCCACUCUGCCGAUACUACGUCCAGCUCCGGUACUCCCUGAUGCAGGUGCUCUACGAUGCCAUGUUCGCAAACCUCAUCCAUGGACUUCCGAUCGCACGCGCAAUGCUCAUCACUGACCCGGACGAUAUGAGUCUGUUCAACGACAAUGACGACUUCAUUGACAACCAGUACCUCCUCGGCCACAACAUCAUGGUCUGCCCCGUCUUGAACCCAGGGAUCUACAACCGUGACGUCUACCUGCCCGGCACCGACAACUGGUAUCCAUCUAACCUGCGUGUCAACGCGCAAGGCUUCGGGUCCGAUCCUAUCUUCAAGCAUGCUGCAGAGCUGAAGCCAUUUGUGCCCGGUGGCUCAACAAUCAGCUUCGGACGAAGACAAAACUUGACUGACAUAUUCCUGGACGACGGCGUCAGCCGCGACAGUGCUCCCGACUGGCUCCCUCAGUUCGGCGACCAUCCCGACCACCAUCCUAGCAACGAAGGCGCCAAUAACCAGUAUCGCGACGUACACAUCACCCAGGAUUACCAAAACAAAACUAGCCGGUCCAUCACCAUCUCGCAUCCAUGGGAGGGUUUCGACGCCAUCAAUACCAUCGGCGACACGUACUACUUCGCUAUCUGGACUGUCAAGGACAGCGCCCCCACGAACCCCAACCAGGUCAACGUCACGUUCAAGGACCAGAACGGCCAGGAUGUUAGGGACGGCAAGCUGGCGUUCCAGUACGACACCACCCGUGCCGUCGUGUCGGUGGAGGUGCCCGUGCAUCUCGUGCCCAAGUGGACGAGGGCAUCAGCCGGCGCUCCCCCGACUGCGAAGCCUUUCCUUGCCAUCAAUGUGACUGGUCUGGAAUAA